CUCGCGCAUCCUCAGUUGCUGAUCCUUUGACCAUUGCUCUUGCAAACUUGCAAACUCGCCCGGCCAAUUGGUUCAGAUAUUCUUGGGAACAUGCUCUCUGCAACCUCUGUGGCCCUGAGGGCCGGAGCUCGACGAGGUGCUCCCCGGGCUGCGGCCGCGGCUCUCGCGUCUGCUCCGAACGGAAUCCGAGGCCCGGCUUUGGCCGGUCGUAGGGGCCUGUCGGCGACAAGGACUUUGGCCUCUUUUCCUGCGAAGGAUCGAACUCGAGAGAUUGUUGCUCAGACUUUGAGCAGCAUUGGAAGCAAGCGAGAGGGUCAGCAAUAUCUCAAAUUAUUCACAUCCACAAGUUCCCAUUCGAAAUUUGCUGUGAUCAAAUGUGGAGGUGCUAUUCUAACUGAAUAUCUUGACGAGCUAUGUCAAUCCAUUGCUCUGUUGAGCAGCCUCGAUCUAUAUCCUGUGCUCGUGCAUGGCGCAGGCCCUCAGCUGAACCGCUUGCUCGAGGACGCGGGCGUCGAGCCUCAGUUCGAGGAGGGCAUCCGUGUAACCGACGCCAAGACUCUGGGCGUGGCACGCAAGCUCUUCCUCGAAGAGAAUCUCAGACUGGUGGACAGGCUUGACCAGCUAGGCGUUUCCACCAGGUCCAUCAGUGGCGUCUUCAUGGCUGAUUAUCUAGACAAGGAGAAGUGGCAGUACGUUGGAAAGAUCACAAAGGUUAACAAGGAGGCUAUCGAGCAAUCCAUUGAGGCCGGAUAUAUUCCAGUUCUUACCUCCAUGGCUGAGUCUACAGAUGGCCAACUGCUCAACGUUAACGCUGACGUUGCUGCGGCUGAGCUUGCCCGUGCACUGGAGCCUUUGAAGGUUGUGUAUCUGUCAGAGAAGGGUGGCUUGUUUAACGGCGAAGGAGACAAAAUCUCCCACAUUAACUUGGAUGAGGAAUACGAUCAUCUCAUGGCACAGCCUUGGUGCCGAUAUGGUACGCGCCUCAAGAUCAAGGAGAUCAAAGAGCUUCUCGACACCCUCCCCAGGACCUCCAGUGUUGCCAUCAUCCAUCCCAGUGACCUUCAAAAAGAACUCUUCACAGACUCUGGCGCUGGCACUUUGAUCCAACGAGGAGACAAGAUUCAAAAGGCGACCUCCGUGUCAGAUUUUAAGGACUUGGACAAGAUUAAAGCAGCCCUGAUUCGUGACCGAGAGGGCCUUGACGCUGAGGCAACUGUUGACCGCUUCAUUGAUCUCCUAAGGGAGAACCCCUUUACUGCCUACUAUGAUGAUGCACUGCAGUGCAUUGCCAUUGUUAUUCCUGCUGGCAACAACCGACCCUUAGCUACACUUGCUACUUUGGCCAUCACCAAGUCGGGCUGGCUGACCAAUGUGGCUGAGAACGUUUUCACCGCUAUCAAGAAGGAUCACCCUAGCCUUGUCUGGACUGUCAAUGAGCAUGACGAGAACUUGACCUGGUUCUUUGAGAAGUCCGACGGAAGCUUUCACCACAAUGGCAGCGUCUUGUUUUAUUAUGGCUGUGAUCUUCGAUCUGAAGCCCUGGCUCCCGUCUAUGACGACUUUGUUUCUAAUGGACGUGCUAUGCUGGGUGAUUCCAACUUGGAGGCUCGACUGCGUCGUGCGGCCCAAACGGCUAAUCAGGCGCUGAGGGACUCCCAAGGCCAGGCCUAAUCAACCCCCUCACACCAAAUUUCAGGUCGAAUGACAGCGAUGAAGAUUUACUUCUGCGACAAACACUCACAAUUGGGAGAAGAAGAAGAAGAACGCAGCCAACGAUCCUGAAAUAUAAAUGUCGCAAGGGCAGAAGGCAGAGAGGACUAAAAUGGUUCCUUUACGGAGUUGAUCGGAUCUCAGGGUAUUGAGUCUAAGAAUCAAGUGAGAACUGGACUAGAACCAGAACGACUGGUUCACACCGAUAGUGUAUUUACGAGUACAUCUUUUCUGUUUUUAUAAUGUGCUAUAUAUUGUGAUGUUGAUUAACUGCGCCAUAGGCUUCUUGUACAUGUCUGGCAGAUACGUGAUUACCGCCGUGUUGAUAUUUCUUUACAGCGCUGAGUACUCGGCUUCGAGACUGUAGCUUGUCUG